UAUAAGAGCUGUAUUACUUGCCAGCAAGGAGGGACGAAAAAAGGGAUACCGCAGAGUCAGAUGCAAGCGUGGAAUUGUUGCAUGUAUCCUUCCUGCUAAUACAGACGUGUGUUGAACUUCUUCAGUUAGUUCCUUGACCACUACAAGAAACUUAGGAAGGAAAGAUGUGCAACCUAAAGCUGCCAGUUAUCUUCAUUGUGCUCUCUGUUGCUUUAAGCUACUUGGAGGCUACACCUAUGGAAAGACUAUUCUCUGUGGCUGAUGAUCUAUCUGAUGGGACUUCCAACAGACAAGGAUGGCUAUUACCAGUCCUGUCAAGGAAUACACCCUGGGGACUUAACGGGGCAUUGCCACAACCGGCUGCAACAAAGCCUAAAAGUCACCGCUUGGAGAAACGGAAAUGCAACACUGCUACAUGUGUGACGCAACGUUUGGCUGACUUUUUAGUUCGAUCCAGCAACAACAUCGGAGCAAUUUAUUCACCUACCGAUGUGGGAUCCAAUACAUAUGGCAAGAGGGACCGAGUUGGGCUUUUAAACAGAGAACCCCUAAAUUAUCUACAGCUUUAGUGUGUUGAAAUGAUUACUGCUGCACUCCUCAUUAGGGGGUUCUCCCCAGUUUUUAUGUAUAAAUAAUCUUUUAGUCAUU